GACCCGGUGAGGAGCACCGGCCGCCUGUGCUUGUGGCUGGCGCAGUGGGGAGUGGGCGCCGCGGGGUCGGGGUGGUGGUGUUUGCACGACUCUCGCGGACUUGGUUUGGGGGAAGGAGAGAAUCGUCCCAGAGAUACUUGGGAAGCAAAUGCUUCGCCUUUCUUGUGCAGGUUCUUUCAUUCAUUUUAUUCAUUCGCGCUGCGCCUGUGUGCACCUGAGCACCUGCUACAGGGUCGGCCGCAUUCUAGGCAGUGGAGCCAGGAGUACAAGAGGUUCAAGACAGUGUGACUCUGGUUCAGGGGACGCUGGUGUUGCUGUUCAUGUAGUAGUGAUGGAGCGGGCGUGGUUGCUGCACCUGUCAUGACUGCUUUAGGGAGACAGAAGGAUUGAUGAGUUCUAGACCGGCUUUGGCUAUGUAGCCAGCCCAUAUUUCAGAAUAAAAACAGCCAAAAGAAAGAACAGGCGUUGUGGUGCACUCAAGAAGCAGAGGCAGAAGGAUUGCUGCGAGUUUGAUACCAGUCUGGGCUACAAGACCAGACACUGCCUCAAAAACAACUGAUGAGCCAGGGGGUUGUUUGGAGACUGGAAAUCAGGAGUUCAAGGCAGUGAUGGCUUCCAAGCGCAUCACCCAGGAAACCUUUGAUGCUGCAGUGCGGGAGAACAUUGAGGAGUUUGAGAUGGGCACUGAGGAGGCCAUUCGAGAGGCUGUGGAGCAGUUUGAAUCACAAGGGGUUGAUCUGAGCAACAUUGUGAAGACAAUACCGAAAGUAUCACUGGAUGGCCUUCAGGAGCCCACACAUAGUGUCCUUCAGGCCCUUAACGAUCUGCAGGAGUCCCUGACUGGCUCUCGGCUCCAGGAGGUGUCAGCCCACCUUGUCCGCUUCUGUGACCAGUGCAAGCAGCAGAAGGCCAGCCGCUACCUGGCAGCCCAGAAGGGAGCCUACCCAAUCCUCCUGGCUGCCUGGCAGCUGGCUGCCACUAGCAACCAGGGUCUUCUGCUCCAGGCUCUCAAUGCUCUGGCAGUGCUGACUGAUGGCCAGCCUGACCUCCUGGAUGCCCAGGGCUUGCAUCUUCUCGUGGCCACGCUAGCACAGAAUGCCGCCAACACUGAACUCACGUGCUGUGGGAUUCGCUGCGUGCGCCAUGUCUGCCUAAAGCACGAACAGAAUCGGCAGGACUUGGUGAAAGCUGGCGUGUUGCCCCUGCUCACAGCGGCUAUUACACAGCAUGGCCAGCACGCCGAUGUGGUCAGGGAGGCCUGCUGGGCCUUGCGGGUCAUGACCUUUGAUGAUGAUAUCCGAGUGCCCUUUGGCCAUGCCCAUGAGCACGCCAAGAUGAUUGUUCAGGAGAACAAAGGCCUGAAGGUGCUCAUUGAGGCUGCCAGAGCAUUCUCUGACAACCCAGGGGUCCUGAGCGAACUCUGCAGCACCCUAUCCCGCCUGGCUGUUCGGAAUGAAUUCUGCCAGGAGGUUAUAGACCUCGGAGGCCUUGGCAUCCUUGUGACCCUGCUGGCUGACUGCAAUGACCACCAGGUGGAGCCCAGAGUCUUCCUCUUUCCCCAGGGCUCCUGGCCCCUGAGGCCAGCUGGCCAGACUGACCCCAUCGAGGACCUCGUGAAGCAAGUUCUCAGUGCCCUGAGGGCUAUCGCAGGCAACGACGACGUAAAGGAUGCCAUUGUCCGGGCAGGUGGUACGGAGUCCAUUGUGGCUGCUAUGACUCGGCACCUGGCCAGCCCCCAGGUGUGUGAGCAAAGCUGCGCCGCACUCUGCGUCCUAGCUCUUCGCAAGCCAGACAACAGCCGGGUCAUUAUUGAGGGCGGCGGGGCGCUGGCUGCUCUGCAGGCCAUGAAGGCGCAUCCACAGGAGGCUGGUGUCCAGAAACAGGCUUGCAUGCUGAUCCGAAACCUGGUGUCCCGCAGCCAAGUCUUCUCCAAGCCCAUCCUGGACCUGGGGGCAGAGGAGCUCAUUUUGCAAGCCCGAGCUGCUCACCCAGACUGUGAAGAUGUGGCUAAGGCCGCAUUGCGAGACCUAGGCUGCCGUGUGGAGCUUCGUGAACUGUGGACAGGAAAGAAGGGUGACCUGGCUCUAUGACCUUAGCUCAGAGAACUCUGACUCCAGAACGUGGGUGGCUAUGGGGCCCUGCCUCUCUGUCCUCCUUCCCAUGCUACCCAGAGCACAAGUGUGCUAGCAGGGCAGGGGGUGGGGAGGGCAGAAGCAGUGAUGACCUGGUGGCCCACCACUGCCAGUGUCCCUUCUACCACAGCUGCUCUCUGCAGCUUUGGGACAAAGGGCACAUGGAACUGCAGUGUUCUGUCUGGAGUUUGAGGCCUCCACAAGCUGGUGUCCCAGCAGGGCCAGCCUGCAAUCCGGGCACCACUCCAAGCAGUUGAUAACCCUGCUCCUUGGGCAGGCCCCCUGGGUAGAGGUGCUUCAGCCAAGGCUGAUUCCCCAAGAUCCGCAUGAUGGGAGGAGGGAGGUGUCUCCUCCAAAUUGUCCUCUGAACUCUGUAUGUGUGCUGUGGUGCACACAUACAUGCUAGCUAAAUAAACAAACAAACAAAUAAAUAAGUGAGUGUAAUUUUAAA